AUGUAUAAGGUGUCGUCAUUAGAGGAAGAUCCAGAUAGGUAUUGUAACAAUUCGAUGUAUGCACCAUUCCAGGAAGAAGGGGUCGUUGAGGAGAAUGCAACGAGCGAGGGAGAUGAUUUCGAAUGGGUUGGGGGACAUUCGGCUGAGUCAGAUCGGGAAGUUCCUUUUGCUUUCUAUAACUUGUAUGCGAAGAUGAACGGAUUUGCUACAAGAAGGUACCGGUCGCAGCAAAACAUGAACAACGAGGUUACACAACAGAAAAGUGGAAGAUGGAUCAUAAUCUAUUUUCAGGAAGUUCAUAAUCACAAGAUGCUCGAGGACACUCUAACUUUCAUGCUUCCUGGACACAAGAUGAUGAAUGCGGCAUUUAUUAAUCAGACGAAUAUGAUGUUUAAGGUUGGCAUUAGGACUCCACAAAUUUAUGCAUCGUUUGUGCAAACCGCAAGAGGCCAUGAAAAUGUUCCAUUUUUGAAAAGAGAUAUGUACAACAAGAUAGACAAAGAAAGGAAGCUCAUUGGUGGGGAUGCAACAUCGUGUCUUAAGUUGUUAGAAUCAAUAGCAAAGUGA